CAUGUGUGAGAACCUUAGUCGCCGCACAGGGUAAAGCCGGUCUUGCUGCGGGAAGGACCAGUCCGACCGAUCUCAUCGUAACUUGCUGCGCUCUCCUUUACCACCGGCAAGAUGGUCCUGGACUUAGAUUUAUUUCGUGAGGAUAAGGGAGGGAGCCCUGAACUGGUGAGAGAAACUCAAAGGAAGAGAUUCAAGGACCCGGGGUUGGUGGAGGCCUUGCUGAAGUCAGACACAGCCUGGAGGAAAUGCAGGUUUCAAGCAGAUAACCUGAACAAACAGAAAAAUUUAUGCAGCAAGACAAUUGGUGAGAAAAUGAAGAAAAAAGAACCUGUGGGAGACAAUGAUGCCCUACCGGAAAAUGCCCAGAAUCUGGAACAACUGACAGCCGAAACCCUGAGUAAACUGACAGUAACACAGAUCAAACGACUUCGGGUCCUGAUAGAUGAGGCCAUAGCUGCAACAGAUGCCGAGCGAAUUAGACUGGAGGCUGAACGCUUUGAGAGUUUAAGGGAGAUUGGAAACUUGCUGCAUCCAUCCGUGCCUAUUAGUAAUGAUGAGGACAAAGAUAACAAAGUGGAGCGCACAUGGGGAUUAUGUGAUGUCCGAAAGAAAUACUCCCAUGUGGAUCUAGUCGUUAUGGUUGAUGGCUUCGAGGGAGAGAAGGGAGCUGUAGUUGCUGGAAGCAGAGGAUAUUUCCUAAAGGGCCCCCUAGUGUUUUUGGAGCAGGCCAUUAUCCAGUGUGCUCUGCAGACUCUGGCAGCGAAGGGCUACACUCCAAUGUAUACGCCAUUCUUCAUGAGGAAAGAAGUGAUGCAGGAGGUGGCCCAGCUCAGCCAGUUUGAUGAUGAGCUAUAUAAGGUGAUCGGAAAGGGCAGUGAGAAGUCAGACGACAGUUCAGUUGAUGAAAAAUACCUCAUUGCCACCUCUGAACAACCGAUUGCUGCUCUCCAUAGAGAUGAAUGGCUUAAACCAGAGGACUUGCCCAUUCGCUAUGCAGGGCUUUCAACCUGCUUUCGACAGGAGGUUGGAUCCCAUGGGAGAGAUACCCGUGGAAUCUUCAGGGUGCAUCAGUUUGAGAAGAUUGAGCAGUUUGUUUAUGCCUCGCCUCAUGACAACAAGUCCUGGGAAAUGUUUGAGGAAAUGAUUAGCACAGCUGAAGAAUUCUACCAAGGACUGGGUAUCCCUUAUCAAAUUGUUAACAUUGUCUCAGGUUCUCUGAAUCAUGCAGCCAGCAAAAAGCUUGAUUUAGAAGCCUGGUUCCCCGGCUCUGGUGCUUUCAGGGAGCUGGUUUCUUGUUCAAAUUGCACGGACUACCAGGCCCGUAGGCUGCGUAUCCGCUAUGGGCAGACAAAGAAGAUGAUGGACAAGGUUGAAUUUGUGCACAUGUUAAAUGCAACCAUGUGUGCCACAACCCGCACAAUCUGCGCCAUUCUAGAGAACUACCAGACUGAUGAGGGAAUCAUCGUCCCGGAAAAGCUCAGGGACUUCAUGCCGCCAGGCUUAAAGGAAAUCAUCAAGUUUGUGAAGCCGGCUCCGAUUGAUCAGGAGCUUACCAAGAAACAGAAGAAGCAGCUAGACGGAGGCAAGAAAAGCGCAAACAGCGGCCUAGAGUCUCAGCUGCAGAACAUGGAAGUGAACUGUGCUUAAAUUCAUCUUUUCCUUAUGUCAUUCCUGUCCUGCAAGCUAGUUCUCCCAAACAACAUCCUACUGAACAAUCUGUUAAAUUAUUGGGCCGUUCCUGCAGUCUCCUCCCGCAUACCUUUCCUCCCGUUUAUUCAGACAAACUGUUGCUGCUAAUACAAAGACAUAGGGGAAUGUCCCUAGUGAGGUCAACAAAGGCUUCAUGAUGAGAAGCUCGGAAGGAAUUGUAAUAAAACAUAAAAAGUGAUUGAUAAAAAUGUCAACAGCUGAUGUUAAUGGGUGCAAAUAAUAUCCUACAAUACAUGACAUUCCAAGUUAAAGUUACACGAAGCUUUAGAUGGAGGUUAUAACGUGAAAAAGAAAGCAGAAACCUCCCAUAAGGGAUUGUGGUUUUUCACAUGAACUUUAUUAAGAAG